AUGGCACAUGAAUGGCAUGUUGGUUUUCUAUUCUUGUUCCUUGAGUUAGUCGCCGUUCGCUCCUUACACCUGAACUUGAUCCACAAGUACUCCAUCCGCUUUCCCCUUUUUCCCGGUAACCUCACCGAAUAUGAGAGAGUGCGACGCCUUUACGCGAGCGACGUCGCCCGUGCACAGCUCUUGAGAACAUCCCUUCUCGGCGUCGAUCAUGGUAUAGAGCACAUUCGCCCUAAUCUCAAAGGUGAUCCCUUCAACUACAUGGUAGAGAUCUACAUCGGCACGCCCACCAGGCGGAAGAACUACCUAGUGAUGGACACCGCCAGCGACAUCUUGUGGAUGCAAUGCAAGCCAUGCAUCCGCUGCUGGAAACAGAGCAAACCGAUCUUCCACCCGGUCAAAGAGUCGAGCUCCUUCGACCCGAUACGAUGCAACCAUACGUUGUGCGAUCUGGGCCGACCGGGGUGGAAAUGCGUCAAAGGCCACUGCCACUACUCGAUAGGAUAUGGCGAUGGCUCUUCAUCGAAAGGCAUCCUCGCCUUUGAAACAUUGGGCUUCGCGUCCGAUAGACACCAAAAAGAGUUUGUACGUAAUUUCAUCUUCGGUUGUGCAAAUGACAAUCGAGAUCCUGCGAUGACGAAGGAGCAGUCUGGAGUAUUCGGCCUCAAUAUGGAGCCGCUAUCACUAGCUAGGCAGCUGUUGGAAUUGAUCGGCGGUAGGUUCUCAUACUGCCUGCCGCCGUUCAAGAGCAAUAAGCAACCGUUGAGUCGGCUCAAGUUCGGCGACGAAGCUAUUCUCAGAGGCCCUCAAGUGAGAACCAUUCGUAUUAUCCAUGCGCCGACUUUGAUAACAUACUUUCUGCCCCUAUCCAAUGUGAGUGUUGCGGGCCACCGCCUCGGAUUCAAGUCCAAGGACUUUGCCAUUCACAAAAACGAUCACGGAAACGUGAGAGGGGGUUUUAUUAUCGACUCAGGCACAUCAUUCACCGCAUUCAUGUCAGGAGGACCGUAUGAGCGAAUCAUCGAAACAUUCAAGGCAUAUUUCGAGCCAUUUAAAUUGCGACCAACGAAUAGUGAACUAUUUGAGGUUUGUUAUGUGUUGCCACAUGAGGGGUUUAAGGAGACGUUACCGAGCAUGACGCUCCACUUUAGCGGCGGUGUCGAUUACCCGGUGCCGCCAAACAAUGUGGUGGUGAAACUAGGUGUGAAUAAACUCUGCGUCGCUAUAAGGAGUUUUCCGGAGGCGAGCAUUCUCGGAGAACAUAAUCAAUUCAAUUACCAUUUCUCCUACAAUAUCAAGGAGAAACUAUUAUCCUUCGCACCUGCAGAUUGCAGUAGAGUUGUGUGA